GUGGUCCUAUGCUUUGGUAACUCAGUUUCCUCGACACGCUUCUUGCUGCAAGAUGAGUUCAACAUACAGACGACUCAGUGUGACAACUGCAUUAUUGGAUUCAUGUUCUGCCUCCAACAAAUUGCAUGCAUUUUCUCCAUUGUUGCCAUGAUUGUUGGAAGUGAUGAAAUCAAUGAUGCUUCCCAGAGUUUGUCGUGUCUGGCUGACUUUGCAUACUGGACGGUCUGUGCAUGCAUGCAGACACAACAUAAGAUCGAAAUGGAUAAGAGAGAUGGUAAAUUUGGUCCAUCACCGGUGAUGGCAGUGCCUCCAGUCCAACAGAUGUCACGCAUUGAUCAGCCUAUUCCACCUCCUGUUGGAUAUCCACCAGAGCCAGUCUAUGGGCAACCAUACGGGUAUCCACCACCUCCUCAGGGUGGAUAUCCACCUGCUUAUCCCCAAGCGGGGUCUCACCCACCACCUGGUUAUCCUGCUGGUAACAGGUAGAGGGAAUUUGCAUCAAUAGGAAAAUUGGGAUUCAGGUUGACAUGUGAACACGUACACAGUUCAGGACUUCAGACAUUUCUUGGUCUUGAGAUAUUCUUUUGAGGGGUUUACCUGUGUUUUCUGGGAGUAUUUCAUUCUUAUAAGUUGACGAUGCAUUGGAUAUGUAUACAAAUAACAGUUUGAUGACUGCUUCAUCUUCCACAGUUCCUUAUCUAUUACUGGUACCGGCAGAAAAAUCUUGGUUA